CGCUCGCCCCUGGCUUUCUUUAUAUUCUGAAAAGAGCCACACUCUCCCUCUGAUCGCAGACUCACCUUUUCGGCUUUUCCUACCUACCCAUCCUCGUCUCUAACGAAAUCUAGCACGCUACAAUUCCCACUAUGGCACACCGUCUCCGAGCCUGGUUGAGACGCUAUCUCGCACCUCAUCAACCUUAUCAACGUCCUCCGACACCCCCUCCCCCGUACGAAGAAACCACAUGCCCUAUUCGAGUUGAUCCGAUCCCAGGCUACGCCCCAGUCCGCGAUCGAAAUCCUUAUUUUAGCAUCCCCCCACCCGACCCGGACGUCCUAGUUCCGUACGACUUAGCUGAUGUUGCAGGCUGGAUCGCGUCUGCCGCUGCGAAGGCACCGCGAGGCAGCGUAGUAGCCGUCGCCGCUAGUUACGCGAAUAUCAUCGCAACUACGGCGUAUUUGUACGCCGCAAAUGGAUUUGAAUCCGGAGUAGAUUAUUCUACGAUAUACUCCUCAGCGGUACGAAACGCUUAUGACUUACAGUUUCAUAUACUGCCACUUGGUUAUAGGGGCCUUUGUGAUAUCUCCGCUGGUUUGCUCGGACUCUUCGAGUUGAUGCGAAGAUAUCGGGACUCGCCAGUCGAUCUUGCCACGACUGCUCAUCGGGUUGCCGACCUCGCCCACGCAACGGCCCGAGUCAUUGCCAACGGUGUCGCUGCCUUGGAGCCGACGCAGGACAUGGACGAACAGAACAAGAAAGCAGUGGAUUCCAUCGUCGCUACAGUUGUCGCCGAAACUGCCGCUGCUCUUACCGCCGCCGCUCAAGAUGAAAACAAUCCCAGUCAGCAUGCGCCGUCGCGGAUAGGUGCAACAAAAGUCAUUGGAAACACUGCAAAGGAGUGAGGGAGCAUAGCCCAUGGAAACAGGAUACCAAGAGAGAAUAUAAGUACAGUACAAAAGACAGAAGCGAGGCUGGCGGGCGGUGAAGCAGAUCCAGCAAACCUGGCAAGCCGGACCCUACGGUAACCAACGCCGCAACCAGAAUAGCCAAGUCAAAUAGUUUAUAAUCAUCGGUCGACUAAUUUACUUCACAUAAGCACCAACCAGGGUGCCGGCCCC